CGGGCGGCUGAGGGGCCGAGAGGGGCCGAGAGGGACCGUGAGGGGCCCGUGUGCUGAGGGAUCCCCCCGUCCCGCGGGAUCCCGCCCAGCCCCGCGCCCCUGACGCCGCGUUUGCCUUGCAGGAGGCCCAGGAUGGCGGAGAGACCGGAGGACCUGAACCUGCCCAACGCCGUCAUCACCCGCAUCAUCAAGGAGGCGCUUCCUGAGGGAGUCAAUAUUUCCAAAGAAGCCCGGAGCGCGAUCUCCCGAGCAGCAAGUGUGUUUGUGCUGUAUGCAACAUCAUGUGCAAAUAACUUUGCCAUGAAGGGGAAGAGGAAAACCCUGAAUGCUGGGGACGUGCUUUCUGCCAUGGAGGAGAUGGAGUUCCAGAGAUUCGUGGCCCCUCUGAAGGAAUCCCUGGAAGUUUACAGGCGUGAGCAGAAAGGAAAGAAAGAGGCCAGGAAAGAUAAAGACAAGAAGGCAGACUCGGAGGAGCAAGAUAAGAGCCGAGAGGAGGACAAUGAUGAGGAUGAUGAAAGGAUGGAGGAGGAAGAACAAAACGAUGAGGAAGAGGUGGAUAACUGAGCUCGCUCGUGGGCAAGGGCUGGGGUGUGCUCAGAGGGAUGUAAACGCUGUAAAUCGACCGUGCUGCAUCCCCUCGUGUAUCCAUUAGAGCUUUGUACUGCCCCUCUGUGGCCUGUACUUUG